CCAAAUCUGGCAACACUGCCAUUGUGACGUCACGUAAAAUAGGCUGACGACAUCUUUUUAGACUUCGCAAUAGAAUGAUUUUCAGUGGAUUUUCGUAGUGAUUCUACGUUUUAUUGUGUUUUUAAAAAGUAAUAAACGUUAAAUUUUAUUAGUUUGUGUUAGAUUCGCUCUAUGCAAUGGGCGAUUUAUAAUUUUGUGACUGCGAGUGAUGUAUGAAGGAAAGGAAAAAGAAAAUGGCUACCUUCGAACGCAUGUUGUUGGCCAGGAAACAUGUAAUCAUAAGUGAAAAAUACAACGUUGUACGCAAAAUCGGCGGUGGAAGCUUUGGAGAUAUCUUUUUAGCGAUAAAUAUCAACGAUGGAGAGGAGGUAGCAGUCAAGGUUGAGUCCAUAAAGGCGCGGCACCCACAGCUUCUCUAUGAGAGCAGAGUGUAUAAGAUGCUCCAAGGGGGCAUCGGCAUACCACACAUAAGGUGAGUUGAUUACAUA